AUGGCGCGGCCACACUUGUUAGUGCUGGACAGCGAUGUGCGGGACUGGGUCUUCGUCCCGCUCACGCUGUUCAUCGUGCUGAUGAAGCUGGUGAUGCAGUACAUGCACCAGGCCAUGGCCGCCGCGCCCCCGCCGGACAAGGAGCUGCCAGAGGUGCGGGAGAUGCAGGCGGCCGCGCGCAGCGGGCGCGUGCGGCAGCUCGGCAACUGGCUGCCCGAGGGCGCGCUGCGCAUGCGCAAGGACUUUUUCGCGGAUAAGGACUCGGGCUUGUUCAGCGCCAAGCCCCAGACCCGCGCCAUGCACGAGGCCAUGGUGACAGACCCCUCCAUGAUGGCGGACAUGAUGAAGAAGAACCUCACGGGCAUGGUGCCGCAGGCGAGCGGCCGGGCGUACCGGUACAUGAUGCGGACUGGCGGUGUGCCACCCGCUGCCACGGAGCCAGGGGCGCUGCGGCUGGGCGCGGCGUGGCUCGCGGCGCGAGGCGACUCAGGGCUGCGGCUGGCGCUGAGGGGCGAGCUCUGCGCCGUCCCGGACGGCCAGGGGCUGGCCGCGGCCACUUGCUAG